UAUAAAACUUCCAUGCCUUUUAAAUCACAAUCAAUUCUUUAAAUUACGUUGCUGGGAUUUCACCGCGUUAGAUUCCUCUCGACUGAUUUUUAGAUUGCUUGUAUACAUUCCAUCGUGAAAUUGGUCAUACAUUCGACAAGAUCUGUGAUCACAACGCUGCUGUUGUGUAUUGGUCCAGAGGACAACAAUUUACGUGUACAUUCAAUCUUGAUCAUUCAUUUUGUUUGUGCCAUACAUGUUUGUGAGACCUCCAACGGCAAGAACAAUACGAAAUACUCGUAGACGACCACCAUCUGUUCGUGCUACUGCGGAAGAAGUCAGUCGCCCUCUACUACGGCAGUUCGUACGCAAUCGUCGAACAGAUCCACGUUAUGAAGCAUAUUUCUUAGAAGUUAGGGAAGGACCUGCAGUUAAUGCCAACACCAACGCAGCUGCUGGAAAGUCGAUGCCUCAACCAUGGGUUACUGUGCGUGAUUAUGUUAAAGGACAAAAUUCUGUUGGGCUUCCUGUUUCUAUUUGCAAUACACUACUGAAACACCUGCUGACCUGCGUGGUGGUUGAUGACUACCGUCAAACUGACAGUUCUGAGGAUAGUGACAUUGGAUGUGUUUCUUCACCUCAUCCUACUACUGAACACGAUGCAAGUCCAACCCAGGUGACUGGUGAUAACAAAUCACCGGGUGAAGAAGCAACCUCUGAGGAUGCUUCUGUAACGAAGAAGGACUCAUCCAAAAUGCGCCCUAAGAUGUUUCAGCUUAGUGAGUUAAAGCCUAUAAGGAUAGUGUGUGAAGCAACAGGAUGCACAUUAGAAGUUACAGCUCGUGACCCAACAGCAAAGCGACCUUCUGCCAGUUCAGAAGAACCAACACAAACGGUCCAGGCAGAUCCUGAAAGAAGAUGGCUAAUAUCAGCUCCAUUAGAAAUUCGGACGAAUGUUUCUUCAAGCGGUGAACAAAUUUUGGAUAGUAGUGGUAUUGGGAGUACCACCAGUGGUAAUGGCAAGAGAAAAAAUCCUUGGGAAACACGUGGUACACUGGAAUUACAUGGAAGCUUAAUGGCUCAACUCUCAGCAUUUCUUGCUGAUGUUGUCACACGAUAUCGUUCUGUAGAUCUGAUGCCUGUGGUGCGAUCACUGUACAGCGCUUCAGGUGGGAGACGGUUUUUCUUUGAUCUAAGAGAUACUCGAUGGGGCAAACGACUUCAUAUUUCCCAAGUUACUGAUUUGCAUCGCAAUGUUAUUGGCAUCCCUCUUGAAGCACUAGUGAGUUUUCGUUCACGAUUGGAUACGGUGAUAGAAAGCCUAGGACUGGAGGACCAAUACGCUCUAAGAUCGACUAUUUUUAAAGAUGGAGAAAAUAGAUCGUAUCUAAAACAGCGACGUGCACCAGUUUCACUUAGGGAUGAUUCUAAUGAGGCUGAUAACUUAGACGACAGAGAAAGUGGUACUCAGAAGAUUGUGCAAAACAAUCGAGUAGAUACGAAUAACACAGGGAGUCGUAUACGUGGCCGUGAAAGGCGUGGUUUACGUACAGGUGGAUCUAUAAUGAAUGAUAAAGAAGGGGAAAAUGCAGAAGCAUAUACAAGUGGAUCAAGAUCACGUCGGAAUAUGGGUGGCAGAUUUGGAAGACGUGGUUAUUGGACAAAUGGAGGUCGGGAACGACCAGUCGUAAGAAUGAAUAGAAAUAUACGCCCUUAUACUCGAGGACUAAAGACAUCCUCUGGGGAAACUGAAGGUGCUGAAGUAAGCACAAAUUCUACCAUUCAAAAUGUGCCAGAACCAGCUGUUGAACCUGCUCGAAUGGUACCUGCAGCUGAAAUCGUCUAGUUCAAAACUGCCGAACACUGAGAAGGAACACUGGAAGGACUAGUGAGGAGUUGUCCAUGCUACGUGACAAUCAUGCUUUAUAUGAUAAGAAUAAAAUCAGUGAUGAAAUAACUCAGUAAGUGUGCAGUAGGAUAUGCUUUUGAAAAACAAAUUUUGGUAGUCAUACUAUUUUGAGAAUGUACCAAAGUCUUAUUGAAAAAAGUAUGGAUAUAUAACCCUCCUAGUUAUUAGGGCUUCCGAAUAACUCUACAGUCUGGAGUGUGACCAACAAUAUUCACCAGUACACCAAUGAGCUUACUACAUUUAGUCGCUUUUUUAACCGUAAAGUAUCCUCAUACUUACUGCAGUAUGUGAAGUAAAGAAAAUGGUAUGAAAACUGAUGAUUUAACUUGAUAUCCUAGGUGGGACUAUGAUCCAUCGAUGUAGAUGGUCGGCUUUUGACUAAUAGGUCUUGAAUUUGAAUGCCACUCAAUUUACAGAAGUUUGAUUACCUUAUUAUCGUCAGCCCUCAUAGACCAGACUUGAGUCAUUGCUUGCUGCGUGAAACUGCAAACGAU